GAGCAUUGUGAUGGGUGAGGAAUAGUUGUAAAGCUCUGGCCCAAAUCUCGAGGUGGGAUGGCGAGGCGGGAAAUGCAGUCUUCCCUGUCCGGUGGCCCGCGAACAUUCACAAAAAUACGCCUCUACCCAAAAUACGCCGACGCAUUUGUCGCAUAGGAAAUAGCAAAGCUGCCUUUGCGGAUCUUUCCUUUCGAGCCGUCGAAUCCGAGCUACAAGAAGUUCCCGAAUUCCUCCCCAAACGCUGGCUUCACUCCCCACCACCGACCACGAACAUCGAUAGACCAAGUCUCCCGAAGCUGGCAUUAAACGCCAUAAGGUCGCACCAUCUGUCGUAGCCUCUACUGUCCACAGAUACAACCGCAGUCAUGGAUUUCGCCUCUCUCAUGUCGAAAGAGAUCUCCAAGACUAAACCGGCAGCCAAGGCUGAAGAAGUCUCCAAGAAGUAUAUGAAGCGCUCCGAGGUGGAAGCAGAGCGGCGCGAGAAAUACCUAGCAGAGCAACGAGCAAUCGAAGCCGAAAGGGAAGCAAAAUUAGCACGAAAACGAAAACGAGAAGAAGACGAAGCGGAGGCAAAUCUGGCAAGGGAAGAAAAGCGGAGGAAGCUUGCCGAGGAGUCGAGAAGACGGAGGGAGGAACAGGAGGCUGAAGAGGAGAGGGCUAGGAGGAAGAGGUUGGGUUUGCCGGAGCUGGUUAAGGAGACUAGUGAGGAGGUCGAGGCAGAUGAUAUUAAAGAUGAAGAGCUGUUUGAGAAGUUGAGGGCGAUGGGACACCCGGCGAAACUGUUUGGAGAGAGUCACAAGCAGAGGUUGAGGAGGUUUAGGAAGCUUGGUAUUGUGAUCACUACGGGACCUAUUCCUACAUCUUUGGAGCCGGUGGAAGAAAAGGAUAUGAAGGUGGAGAAGGUCCCCGAUGACGCUGAAGGCAAGAAGUUUCUGUUCAGGCAGUUGGCUUCUUACUUUACGAUGAUCUUGACGGAGUGGGAGUCUGCUUUGGAGAAGGAGAAAAGGGAUACUUUUGCAAGCAAAGCGGCAUAUAACGCUAUGGUGCAGAGCAAGGAGAACAUGACACCACUCUUCCGAAAGUUUGAGAAAGGUGAUGUGGAUGAAGGAGUUUUGGAACCUAUUGUCGAGAUCGUCAAAGCGGCUCAAGAACGACGAUAUGUGGAUGCCAACGAUGGAUAUCUACGUCUUAGUAUUGGCAAAGCAGCCUGGCCAAUUGGAGUCACUAUGGUUGGUAUUCACGAGCGUAGUGCUCGAGAAAAGUUACAUGAAAGUGACAAAGGCCAUGUCAUGGGAGAUGAGGUCACGCGGAAGUUCUUGCAAAGUAUCAAGAGAUGCUUGAGCUUUGCACAGGUUAGAUGGCCACCUGAGGAUAUCAGACAGCUGAUGGGUUGAAGCAUGAAUUUCUGAUGAAAUGCCUCGUUAAGCACAGUCAUUCCUCGCCCCAUGAACGGAAUUUUUACAUGUGAAC